AUCGUCUCUAACGUACGCCAACUCAGCCCAUACUGCCCCCAUUACCCUCCUCCUCCCCCGUCAGCCACAGCCCAUUAUAAAGCUGAUGGCAACAAAUUUCCAAUCAUUGCCUUUCAAAGUUAAAGUUUCAUCUUCAGCUGAUUUUCUAAAGUAAACCACGUGGUUGUUGGUUGAUUGAUCAAAAAUUCAAGGGUCACUAUGAUGCAGUCUUUGCUGUUUCAACUCAUAUUGACGUCUUGUGUUUUCUUGAACUCUGUGAACAAUGUGAAUGCUGGUAUCACAAGUACUUUCAUUCGGAAGGAGUGGCCAUCGGUAGACAUCCCUCUUGAUAAUGAGGUAUUUGCAGUUCCCACAGGACAUAAUGCACCACAACAAGUGCAUAUAACACAAGGGGACUAUGAUGGAAAAGCUGUAAUUAUUUCAUGGGUCACAGCUGAUGAACCAGGGUCCAGCAAAAUACAAUACGGCACAUCAGAGAAAGAAUAUGAAUUUACUGCAGAGGGAAAGAUGACAAACUACACCUUUUAUAAAUACAAUUCUGGCUAUAUUCAUCAUGUUCUUGUUGAUGACCUUGAGUAUGAUACCAAGUACUAUUACAAGAUUGGGAGUGGUGAUUCUGCACGAGAAUUUUGGUUUCAAACACCUCCAAAGAUUGGUCCAGAUGUUCGAUACAAAUUUGGAGUUAUUGGUGAUUUGGGUCAGACAUAUAAUUCACUGUCCACCCUUGAGCAUUACAUGCAAAGUGGAGCACAAACUGUCUUAUUUGUAGGAGAUCUUGCUUAUGCUGAUAGAUAUCAGUAUAAUGAUGUUGGCAUUCGGUGGGAUUCAUGGGGUCGCUUUGUUGAGAAAAGUACUGCAUACCAGCCUUGGAUCUGGUCUGCUGGGAAUCAUGAAAUAGAAUACAUGCCUUACAUGGAUGAAGUUAUUCCCUUUAAAUCAUAUCUCCAUCGGUACCCCACACCUCAUUUGGCUUGUAAAAGUAGCAACCCUAUGUGGUAUGCUAUUAGACGUGGAUCUGCUCAUAUAAUUGUGCUAUCCAGCUACUCUCCAUUUGUGAAAUACACACCUCAGUGGCUGUGGCUCAGGGAAGAAUUGAAGAGGGUUGACAGGGAGAAGACCCCUUGGCUCAUUGUCCUUAUGCAUGUUCCAUUAUACAACAGUAAUGAAGCACAUUUCAUGGAGGGUGAAAGUAUGCGAGCAGUCUUUGAAGAAUGGUUAAUCCAUCACAAAGUUGAUGUAAUCUUUGCUGGUCAUGUCCAUGCUUAUGAAAGAUCUCAUCGAAUCUCCAAUGUAAGGUACAACGUAUCAAGUGGUGAACGUUACCCUGUGCCAGACAAAUCAGCUCCCGUUUACAUCACUGUUGGAGAUGGUGGAAAUCAAGAAGGUCUAGCAGAAAGAUUUAGAGAUCCCCAACCUGAGUAUUCUGCAUUCCGAGAAGCCAGUUAUGGCCAUUCAACACUGGAGCUCAGAAACAGGACACAUGCAUUCUACCACUGGAACCGCAAUGAUGAUGGGAAAAAAGUGGCAACUGACUCAUUUGUAUUACACAAUCAGUACUGGUCAAACAAUCUGAGACGAAGAAAACUGAAGAAGCACCGUUUGAGCGCGCUUGGCCGGAUUGCUUCUUAUUGAGAAGAAAUUUCAAUCAAGCAUUUUCAUCUCUGGUAUGAUUGCUUGAUGAAAUUUCAGAGAGGAGAUGAAAAUGCCAUCAAUGGUCAAACCGAUAAGCAAAGAUGUAAAUUCUUUACUGGUGAUGCAUGAAGCUCCUACUGCAGUGAUCUUUUCCUUCUGA